AAAAGUUUUUCUAGACAACUUCGGAAGUCUUCGGGGAUUUGUGUCGCAUCUGAGCCAUGAUAGAUGCAGAGGAGAGUCCAGCGACUUGAACCAACCCACUUCUAAAAGCUUAAAGAAUUUAAAAUCAAUUGUUUUUUCGUGUUCUGCCAACUUCGUAGAUUUUGCGUAAUGAGGUUCAGCAUGGCACACUAAAAACUUAAACUCAGCUUUUACACUGAUACAUGUUCUAAAGUGUCUUCUAUCGGACACCGAGAACCACAGAUCUUUAUCUGACGAAUUGAAUCGAUUGAUAUUUAAAAAGCAUCCACGUAUACUAAAUUUUGAAAUAGACAUCGUUCUUUGUACCUGAUUUGUUAUACAUUGUUUAUUCGCAGUUGUUUUUUUAUUAAUAGCUUCUCGUGCUCGAUCGGAAGAUCGUUUUCGUUCCUCAACAGUUUCUUUAUGUGAAUCAACUCCAUCAUAUGCUGCACCGACGGCCAGUUCGAAAUUAAAAGCAAAUUCCAUGAAUGAACAGGCAACAGCAGCCUCCAAUGCAUCUUCUUCCUCAACGAUUAGUCACCACGUUCGUCGAGCACCGUCCGUCGUUUCACUUCAAAUAAUAAACGAUUCUUCUUCUCGAUCAUCAACAACUAAAGCAUUGGCAAGCUAUAGUCAAUCAUCAUUAGACGUUUGUAAAAAAUCUCGUUCAACACAAAAUUUAUCUCAAUUAUUAACUACUUCCUCGACAACAACCACCACCAUUGUAACUGCUUGCUCAUCUUCAUCGGCAACAAAUGUUAGAGAAGAAACAACAACAAUAAAAACCAAACCAUUAACGUUAAAACAGAUUAAAAUGCAAUCUCAACAACAAAGCCGUCGCUUGAAAGUAAAACGACCGCCAAAUUUACCCAAACCGUCAACUUCAUCACCACCGAAUCCACCGCUACAACUCUCGUCUACUUCUUCAUCGAGUGCAUCAUCGCCAACAAAAAACUCAGAAAAUCUACAAAAGGAAAACCAGGCAGUUUCACCUCGAUUUUUUCCAUCAGCAGCGCCUGUUCCAUUACGUGAAUUGAAUGACCAACAACAUCAACCAUCAACGUCAACAAAUCGUUUUUCAUCAUUAGAUAUUCCAAAAUGGGCUAAAGAUUGUUUGUAUCGAACCAUCGUACUGGGUUUAUCUCCUCUUGUUAUUAAAGAUUCGUGUUCAUCAUCGUCAGCGACCGAAGAUACAAUGACAAAUGAUAGUCCUCCAGUGAUACUCACUCCUUCUCAAAUUCCUCGUUCAUCAAGUAUCUGCUCAAUCGAAAGUACCGAUUCACUGGAGACGACAAGUGAAGUACCACUUUAUCAGACAAUAUUCAAUGACGAUCAGAAUCAGAACGACGGUGGCUCAUUUGUUAGACGAAGUAUGUCGAUACCAGAUUAUCGACAUUUACAAAACCAAAAUGAACAUCAAUAUCGUACGCGAUUUUCAUUACCAACAACAACAGUAAAAUUUGACAGAAUUAAUGAUAAAGAUGAUAAUUAUUCAAGUCAAAAAGAAGAUGAUGAUGAUCCAUCUGACACUGAUUCGUACAAUUAUAUCGAUGACGAUCGCCUACGAAAUAUUGUUGAUGAUUUACACAAUCGCUUAAACCAACUUGAACAGUUAUACGCUACAAUAUGCAAAAGUAAUACAUCUCGUGAUAAAAUGCUUAAAAAUUAUAUUGAACAAAUAUUUACCGAUCUUCAUACACGCAUAACACACCAGCAACAGUCAUCAUCGACAAUAGAAACAACUACAUCAAAAUGUUAA